UCUGCCACAAUCCGAACAAGGAAAUAUUUGACCAACCGAUUACUAUGCAGAAAACAAAUGGUUGUAGAUAUCAUUCAUCCUGGUAAGGCCACUGUACCCAAAACAGAAGUCCGAGAAAAAUUAGCAAGAAUGUUUAAAACUACCCCAGAUGUAAUUACCUGCUUCGGGUUCAAAACGAAAUUCGGAGGUGGCAAAACAUCUGGGUUUGCCCUUAUCUAUGAUAAUAUGAAUGUAGCCAAAAAAUUUGAACCUAAAUACAGAUUAGUUAGGCAAGGAGCUACAGCAAUUAAAAGACCAGGUAGAAAACAGCGUAAAGAAAGGAAAAACAGACAAAAGAAAGUACGAGGUACAGCUAAAGCAAAGGUUGGAGCAUCUAAAGAUAAAAAAGUUAGUAUUUUUCUGUCGUUUGGUUUCAUAGACUUCUCCAUCUUACUGUCGAUACCCUGA